AUGGUUGACGCUGCACUGGAAAUGCGCGUCUUGUCCCUCGCGGAAACUGUAGCCGAAAAUCUCGAUGAUCAACAAGACUCUGAAACUCAGCAGUCAGAACUUGUUACCAAUGGCGCUUUAACUGAUUCCGGAGAAGACGAUCAAAGUAGUGCGUCGAGCACCAUGUCCGAGCAGUUUACCCCUAAGUGGUCACGCUUGUCAUCAUCUUCGUUACCUCACGAAGACUGCAACGAAUCACAGUUGCCAUCGUCUGAAGAAAAGGCCUCCGUUUCUUCCCAGCCCGCACUCACCAGUGACCUAACAGAAAGGUACGAGCAGCGUUUACGAAGAAGGGGACAGAAAAAUCUGGAAAUGAAGGAGAGACUAGUCAAGAUAAGGGAGAACUUGAAACGUUCCGAUGAAAUUGUUUUUACCCGCAAGCGGUUCAUCGUCGGUGGUGGCGUGAUCGUGAUUACAGCCGUGGCAUGCUUAUACGUGUAUUACAAAUGGCUCUGA